AUGCAGCCAUAUCCACAGCCGAGUGGACCGCCCGAUAACGAGAGGAAUGAAGGCGGGCAUCGGGGUCCGCUGAGUAGAACAUGGCCACAGUUGUUCAAAAAGAGGAGGAGAUACAGUCCGGUUAGAGAAAGCGCCCAGCAGCAGCAGCAGCAACAACAACAAGUACAGCAGAUGCAGCACGUGCAAAUGCAACCAGCACCACAAAUACAGCCACAGCAGCAGCCCGUACAACUACCGAUACAUCCCAUUCGCCCAUUAAAAUCACCAUCAGUAACCACGCAAUCCAUCACAUCACCCACAGUAUCUUCAAUAAGAUCGCCCUCAAUAGCAGCAGACACCGCGAGCACCAUAUCGUCGAUAUCCCAUGCAUCAUCCGCAACACCUAAGAAAGUUGCCAUUGCAAGAAGGAGCAGUAACAUAGUACCUGCGGAUAGCAACGGCGCCGGCGGCGUAACAACCCCCCAAGCCGACCUCCUAGCCUCCAAAUCAAACUACGAACUAAUCUCCUCUGGCCAGCACCUAGAAAUGGGCUUACACUUCAGCACCGCCAUGGCCACAGGCGUAAUGAUGAAGCGCGCCACGCACCGCGCCGCCGAGCAAGCCCGGCGCGACCGCAUGAAAACAGCCAUGGUAGAUCUAGCUGAAUUCUUGCUCGACGGUGAAGUUACGUUUGGGAGCGGGACCACGUGUUUUGUUGUUAUGAGGGGAAAAGACGGCGAGGAUGGGAGCGAAAAGGUGACGGGCAUGGAUGGUGCUGACGACGAUGUGAGGAGUGGGAAGGGGUCUGUGCCAGGAGAGAAGAAGACGGUUAAUAAAGCGCGGUUGAUUGAGAUGGCGUUGGAGAAAAUGAAGGCGCAGGAGAAGGAGAUUGAGCUGCUGCGAAAAGAGAUUGAGGGGUUGAGGGCGGGUGGAGAUAGUAUGGACGUGUCGUAG